AUGGAGGAAGGAGGCGGCGGUGCGUGGAGCCUGGUACCCGGAGGGCCGGUGCUGUUAGUCCUCUGCGCCCUCCUGGAGGCGUCCGGCGGCGGCCGCGCUCUCCCCCCGCUCAGCGAUGACAUCCCGUUCCGAGUCAACUGGCCGGGCACCGAGUUCUCUCUGCCCACAAGUGGAGUUUUGUAUAAAGAAGACAAUUACGUCAUCAUGACAACUACACAUAAAGAAAAAUAUAAGUGCAUACUUCCUCUUGUGACAGGUGGAGAUGAGGAAGAAGAAAAGGAUUAUAAAGGCCCUAAUCCAAGAGAGCUAUUGGAACCGCUAUUUAAGCAAAGCAGUUGUUCCUACAGAAUUGAAUCCUAUUGGACUUAUGAAGUAUGUCAUGGAAAGCACAUUAGACAGUACCAUGAAGAGAAGGAAACUAGUCAGAAAGUAAAUAUUCACGAGUACUACCUUGGAAAUAUGUUGGCUAAGAACCUUCUUUCUGAAAAAGAACACGAAACAGAAGAAAAAUCAAAAGAGAUUCCUACCAAAAAUAUCGAAGGUCAGAUGACCCCCUACUAUCCUGUGGGCAUGGGAAACGGUACACCUUGUAGUCUGAAGCAGAACCGGCCCAGAUCAAGCACUGUGAUGUAUAUAUGUCACCCUGAAUCCAAGCAUGAAAUCCUUUCAGUCGCUGAAGUUACAACCUGUGAAUAUGAAGUUGUCAUUCUGACACCACUCCUGUGCAGCCAUCCUAAAUAUAGGUUCAGAGCAUCUCCUGUGAAUGACAUAUUUUGCCAAUCAAUGCCAGGCUCGCCGUUUAAGCCCCUCACCUUGAGGCAGUUGGAACAGCAGGAAGAAAUACUAAGGGUGCCUUUUCGAAGACAUAAGGAGGAAGAGUUACAAUCAACCAAAGAAGAGAGAUUUCCAGCAAUCCACAAACCCAUUGCAAUUGGCUCUCAGCCGAUACUAACUGUUGGAACAACCCACAUAUCCAAAUUGACAGAUGACCAGCUGAUAAAAGAGUUCCUCAGCGGUUCUUACUGCUUUCAUGGGGGUGUUGGAUGGUGGAAAUAUGAAUUCUGCUAUGGCAAACAUGUACAUCAGUAUCAUGAGGACAAAGACAGUGGGAAGACGUCUGUGGUGGUGGGGACCUGGAACCAAGAGGAGCAUAUUGAAUGGGCCAAGAAGAACACGGCGAGAGCCUAUCACCUUCAGGACGACGGCACCCAGACAGUCAGGAUGGUGUCACAUUUUUAUGGGAAUGGAGAUAUCUGUGAUAUAACUGACAAACCAAGACAGGUGACUGUAAAAUUAAAGUGUAAAGAAUCAGAUUCUCCUCAUGCUGUUACUGUAUAUAUGUUAGAACCUCACUCCUGCCAGUAUAUCCUUGGGGUUGAAUCUCCAGUAAUCUGCAAAAUCUUAGAUACAGCAGAUGAAAAUGGACUUCUUUCUCUCCCCAACUAA